AUGGCUGUAAAGACAAAAUUAUUGAAAGCUUUGAUACUUGGGGCUCCAGCAUCCGGAAAAGGGACUAUAUCGUCUCGCAUUGUAAAGAAAUACAAUGUCGAACAUUUGUCUAGUGGCGACAAAUUAAGAGAUCAUAUAGAAAAACAAAGCGACCUUGGUAAACAGGUAAAACAAUAUUUGAAUGAAGGGAAACUGGUGCCCGAUGAUGUUAUAAUUAAUUUUAUGGUAACCGAAUUGAAGAAGAUCAAUCAUAAACCUUGGUUAUUGGAUGGAUUCCCUAGAACAGUGACACAAGCAAUAGCGUUAUGGAAAGUACAGCCAGUAAAUGUAGUUUUAAAUUUGGUAGUGCCAUAUGAAGUUAUAAUAGAGCGAGUAAAGAAUCGUUGGGUGCAUUUGCCUUCAGGAAGAGUAUACAAUAUUGGUUUUAAUACACCUAAAAUUAUAGGGAAAGAUGAUAUAACAGGUGAGGAGUUAAUCCAACGACCAGAUGACAAACCUGAAGCUGUUCAAAAGCGAUUAGAAAUAUAUAAGAGUGUAACCCAACCUGUUAUUGAUUUUUAUGCUGGUAAAGGUAUAUUAAAAAAUUUUGAAGGCCACACAUCUGAUGAAAUAUGGCCUAAGGUGACUUCAUAUUUGGAUCCUUUAUUUAAAGUCAAUAAUUAG